AGCAUGUCCUGGGGCUCAGCUCGCACAGACUGCCCUCGAAGUAAAUCAUUCUCUUUUAACUAUUAUUUUUUCAAUAAAGGUGUUUCGAAACCCGUUGCAUACACGAAGAGCCUUGAAGCAGGAAAACUAUCAGCCCGACCGUAUUCUGCAGGAGGGAGAAGUCAGGACAGUGGUUUUGCUACCAAUACUGGAACUGUAGGAAGCGAUCAAGAAAGAAGUGAUUUGAGUCCUCCCCUUCCCAUCUAUUCGUGGGAGACCACUGCCGAGGCAGUAACCGGAACCCCUAGAGCCGGCAUGCCUCUCAGAAGCACCAGUAGAUCUAUGGAACGUCUGUCGAGAAGUGCGUUUGAGCUCGAUAUUCCCGAUAUGCGCACAACACGAGAAGAGAGGGAACGCAGUCGGCGUGAGAUGCGUGAGCUAAACGAGAAACUGGCAGAACAGGUGGAGGGUAUGCGUUAUUUGUCCGCUCGCAAUCGACAACUUACUGACGAAAUUGCCAGUCUGAAAUCCCGUUGGUUGACCGAAUCAAAGAAAACAAAAGAAAUUUACGAGGGAGAAUUGCGACAACUACGACAACUUCUUGACGAUACUGACAGGGAGAAGGCCGAGAGCCUUGCGAAGAUGUUGUCGUUGCAGCAAUUUAGCAGGAACCAGGAAGCGCAGAUGGUCAGUCUGACUCAAGAAAAUGACAAGGUGAAAAGGCGGUUGGAACAGGCCUUUGACGACAUGAACAAGCGAGAUAAUGACUUUAAUACCCUACAACGCCGGUUCAAUGACCUUGAAAGUGAACUCGAAAAGGAGAAAAUAAAUUCAGAGAAGUUGAGACGUGAUAAUGAAACUAUUUGUCAGGCAUGUCUCCCUGUUCUCAUCGGUUAUCUGAAAGCACCACCUGGACAAGGAGUGGGAACGGUUCGUCCGGAAUCCGGUCAUACUGCCACGAUGGUGCAUGCAAAAUUGCAUUUAGAUGAGGAGACAGCAAACCGCAUAUCGGGUCAGUCGGAGAUGCAAACACUGCGAGAAGAAAUUGAUUUUAUGCGUCGGGCCCAUCAGGAGGAGAUAAGGGAGAUGCAUCUAACGUUGGAUGAAGUUGGACGCGGAUUUGAUCGCGAACUGUGGCAAACGGAACUUAGUCAAGCAGUGCGUGACAUUCAAGAUCGUUAUGAUGACCAGCUAGAAAAGCUUAAAGUCGAUAUGGAAGAAAUGUACAACGCAAGGCUUCGCGAACUGGGGAAGGUAGAUCCAGAACAGAAGGCCGAGCUCAACGCGCUUAAAUCAGAGAACUCUCGACUUAAACAGAACUCAGACGAAAUGCGGGAGCAGAUGGCACAACUUCAAUCCAAGAAUGCCUAUUUGGAGAAGACAAUGCGUGACAUGUCAGCCGAAGCGGAAGAGUUGCGCCGGCGCAUAGGGGCCGAAUUGUCCGAAUCUGCGAAGGAGAGAGAGGCGGCGGAAGAGGCUUUGGCGAAAGCACACAGCGAAAUGGCAGCUCUCAUGGACGUGAAGUUGAACUUGGAAGGGGAGAUUGCAGCUUAUCGACGCCUGCUUGAUGCUCAGAGAGGAAUUCUCAGUGGCGAUGGUGGUGUUGGCGAGAGCGCUUGUGGCUCAAUCCAUAAAACCCGGUCAUCACACGAGAUCUUGUCCAAACCACGACCAUCCAGCAUGAGCCCUCUUAGACGAGGAGCUCCCCCCGUGUCCAACUCGGAACUGGCCCGCAGAUAUCACGAGAGAAGUGAUCCAUCAGGCUCAUCAGUUCGAUCAAAAGCAGUGGAAUUCGAUGGCGAAAGCGAGCAGCAACUAUCAUGCAGCUACAAACCAGAGCGAACAGAUCAAAGAGGAUUGAGAGGGGAACUGACUGCACGCACUCAAUUUGAUAAAUCUUACAGAGGUGCAAUCUCAAUCGACGAGUGCUCUCCCGACGGCCGAUAUAUUGUCAUAACAAACAAUGGAACCACGGCAGAGAAUCUAAACGGGUGGCGGAUUGUCCGAAACAUCGAACAUGGCAAGCAAAUAAUCCGUUUCACUUUUGGGGAUACACUAAUGUUACCAAAAAGCAGUAGAAAAGUGAGCAUUUGGGCCAGAGGUCAACGUGGUCUGGAUGCGGGACCGAAGGACUUGGAAUCACCGUACUCAACCUGGGGUGUUGGUGGUUACAUUUAUACAACAUUAUUCACGAUGGAUGGUGAGGAGCGAGCCACACAUGCCCAACGCGCCGAAUUUAACUUGGGCUGA